AUGGCUUCAAUGGCGCAACUAAUGUUCGACGAGUUCGGGCAACCGUUCAUCGUCAUGCGUGACCAGGAAAAACAAAAGCGGCUCACAGGAAUAGAAGCUGUGAAGAGUCACAUUCUUGCUGCUCGAUCCGUUGCGAAUACCCUGCGCACUUCGCUUGGUCCUCGUGGUCUUGACAAAAUGCUGGUUAGUCGUCAUUCAAUGAUUUUUAAGACUUUUGAUCCGUUUCAUAUAAGCUAUAGGUUUCCUAGUAUUCAAGCGUUAUGUCAUUUACUUUGCACUAUAAUUAGUUUGUAG